AUUACCACACGGAAGCAGCAUCCUGACUUUCUUUUCGGAAUGAAAAACUCUGAAUUGGAGGAGUGACUCACAAAGAUGGUGUAGUUUGUCAUGAUCAUGAUAUACUUGGGAAGAUAAGACAAGAAAUGUCAAGUAAAACUUUGCAGGACGAGUUUCCUAUCCACUGGUUGGUGUGGGACAAUGAUUUCCGUGGAAUAGAAAAAGAGUUAUCAAACAACAAAUCGAAUUAUGAUGUGGAUCAAAAGGACCCACGUGGAAGAACGCCAUUACAUUUGGCAGUAGUUUUAGGCCAUCUAGAAAGUGCCAGGACUUUAUUACGACAUGGAGCAAACACUUUGGCAGAAAACAAAGGAUAUUGGUCAGUCUUGCAUGAGGCAGUUUGUACAGGGGAUCCGGAACUUGUCCAGUUAGUACUAGAAAACAGAGACUACCAGAGAUACAGCAAAAGAACCGUAGGGGUUCCUGACUUACUGAAAAGAUUAAAGGAGUCACCAGAUUUCUAUGUUGAGAUGAAGUGGGAGUUUACAAGUUGGGUUCCUCUUGUGUCAAGAAUGUGUCCCAGUGACACAUACAGAGUCUGGAAAAGCGGGUCCAAUGUAAGGAUUGACACCACUCUCCUGGGCUUUGAUAACAUGAACUGGGAGAGAGGAAGCAGAAGUUACAUCUUCAAAGGCCUCGCGGACCGAGCGGUGGCAAUGGAGGUGGAUCAUGACAGACGAGAGGUGUUCUCAGAAACAAUGCAAAUUUUACCCGCAAACUUUGAUAUGUCACUAAUGAAGCCCUCGGAUGAUGCCAUUGCUGCUCGGCUGACCAAUCCUGUAGUCACAACUUAUGUUGACACUGAAAAGAUUUCAUUUGAAAGGAAUAAAUCAGGAAUUUGGGGCUGGAGAAGUGACCGGGCAGAGGUUGUGAAUGGUUAUGAAGCCAAGGUUUUCAGUGCAUCGAAUGUGGAGCUCAUAACAAAAACUAGAACAGAGCAUUUGUCUGAAGCUGACAAACAGAAAUCCAAAGGUAAAAGUAGCAAAACCCCACUGGAGUCCUUCCUAGGUGUAGCUGAGGAACAUAACAAAAAACAAGGGGCCACUAAUGGGGAUGUAUCAUCUCUUAUUUACAAUCCCAGUUCUAUUACUAAGGAGGAAUAUUUCAAUAGACAUGUUGAACUGGGUGACCGUGAUAUUGGGCGUCCUAUUGAGCAAUCGAAAAAGACUCAAAAGUUUAAGGCGACGUUGUGGUUGUGUGAAAAUUACCCGUUGUCACUUCAAGAACAGGUUGUUCCAAUUAUUGACUUAAUGGCAGCCAGUAAUGCACAUUUUCAAAAACUCCGAGACUUCAUUACUCUUCAACUGCCGGCUGGAUUUCCUGUGAAGAUAGAGAUCCCACUUUUCCAUGUGCUAAAUGCCAGGAUAACUUUUGGAAACAUUAACGGCUGUGACGCCGCUGUAGAAGGUGUGACCACAAUAGAGGAUGCUGGGAAAAUUACUGCCAGUAUCGAUGAGACUAGCUUUGAUUCUCCACCAGGAUACAGAAAAUUAGGUGAUAUUCACCAUGAGAGACUGCGAGAUGAAGAUGACCAGCUCCUACAGUUUGCCAUUCAGCAGAGCCUGAUGGAUGGGAAUACUGACCCUGUAGAACAGCUGACAUUCUAUGAAGCAUUGAAUAACAUAAGACCUCCUCCACCAUCUCGACCUUUGCCGUCUGUAAGGCAGGACGAGGAUGCUCUUUUACAAAGGGCAAUUGCAGAGAGUUUAGCAUUACAAUCAGGAGACACAACUUAUCCAGAAAUUCUUCCUGAAACCAACAGCAGCAGUAACCUUGACGACGACCUUAGACUAGCCCUCCAACUGUCUCAGCAAACCUUGACAGAGGAUGAGAAGAGACGGAAAGAAGAAGAGGAGGAACUAGAAAGAAUUCUGAAGCUCUCAAUGCAAGAGAAGUGACCUGUUCCGUUUGCCAAGUACUACGUCCAUGGCUAGUCUGAUUUCAAUGGAAAGGAAAGAAAAUGCAGAUUAUAUGAUGUUUAUGUGCUUUACCAGGUGUAAUGUGGUAUCUGUUUAAAAACUGUCAAAUGUGAGGAUGGAUCUCGUCAUACAUGUACAAGCAAUGGAGUUGACCGAUCAGGCGCCCCUUUCCAUUAGGUUUUACAUUCCUCCAACUAUAACAAUGUUGUUAAUUGAUGCAGUUGUGAUGCUGCCAGCUUCUGUGUUGGAAAUGAGUUAUUAAGCCUCUUUAUGAUUAAGACUUCUUGGCAUUGUGAAUAAUAAAACUCAGUUGUCUUGUUCAGGUUAACAUGUGCUAUGUGUAUGUGUUCAUUGUUCAAAAGUCUGCAAGUUUUUCAUACCUGUAUUUUGUUACAAAAUCCUGUGUACUCUACCUGUGUUGUUGCUUAAUUUAUUAAAAUUCAUAUUACCGGUAUAAAGUGCUAUUUUUCACUUAGUAUAUAAUAAAAUUGAUGUAUUUGUGUGCAGGUUUCCACAGAAAUGGUAAAACAUGUACCUUCAAAAGUUUUAUGGGUAAUAAGGUACUGGUCCAAUUCUAGCUAAGUGAUGUGAAGGGACUUGCAUGCACUACUGUGUUAAAUAAACACACAUUGUUAAUUUUGUGCAAAAUUAACUACUAUAGUUUGCCCCUGUUAUAUAAUUAAAAAGAACAGUCCUUCGACAGACUUGGUUUGAUAACAGUCUUGUGUACGGUACUCCUUUUCUCUGGCAGUCAUGAGGAACGGACACAAGUAAUGAAUCAACACAACUGUGAUACGAGAUAUCAAUGUUACUGUACACAGGGAAAUAUUCACCCCCGUUUUAUUUUCACCCCUUUCGCCCUCGUUGUCAGCUGGCGAAUUUAAGACUGGGCAAAUUCCAAUGUCUCAAAUGAAAUAGUAAACACAAACGUGCCUUGGUGAAUUUAAGAUGGGGCGAAACUGAAAGUGUAGAAGGGUGAAAAUUACCCGGGGCGAAAAUAACCCAGUAUACAGUAUAUCAGAGGAUUUAAUAUUUUCAACAAGAAAUUGAACCUUCUUGCUAAAAUUUCUAUCGUCAAUUAUACUCAUAAAAGUUAUUAUCAUUUUUAUUUCAACAGUUUUAUAGUCUGUAGAGUUACAAUUUACCAACAGCCAUUUCCCAGUGUUAACAAUGUGAAACACUGUAUAUUAUACUCUGUCCCAAGAUAUUUUGGAUUCACGUUUGGCUUAAUUGUUUGAUAUUUAUAAAUACCUCAGGAUCCAAACGAUGUUCAUUCAAAAGUAUGAAAAAUUUCCAAGAUUUCUCAGUCAAAACGCCCCUGUUAGCUUAUCAGGUUUCAAUACAAUGCUAAAAAAUGUGAUGUCUACGGAGAUUUUGCAUUGCAGCAAGCCCGGAUGAAAACGUUGAAAUAUUGCGCAAUGUAUUCCGAGUGUAUUCCGAAUGGAGAAAAGAUGUAAACAUUCCCCAUUAUAAAUCUCCGUAAGGAAUCUGUUUUCGUUCCUGUGAAUUUUUCCGAGUGAAAGAUGAUAAUGUGUCAAUGAAAUUAUCUUGGAAAAUAUCCCUUUCAACUAUUUCAAUUGCACUUCUUUCACAGGUAAGUGUAUUUUUAUUAAAAAUCGUCCAAACGUGAAUCCAAAAUAUCUUGGGACAGAGUAUAGCUAAUCAUGAUACGUAACAGUACAGGCAAUCUAAAACAGAUGACAAACAAAAUCUGUCAGGGCACAUUAUGUCUUGUAUACUACAUUUGGUUUAAUGAAGCACUACACAUAUGUCAAAAUCAUCCAUACUAUAUAUUCAGUUAUGAUUCAGAUGAACUGUAAUUUAUUAAACUAUUAAAUGUAUAUAAAUAAAAGGCACCAACACUUAAUUUCAAAUACUGUAUAUAUACAAGACAAUCUGCAUUAUAAUUACUCCCAUUUUUAACAAAUCAGGCAGCUGAAUAUCUCAAAGACUACAUGUACUUGUACAUACAUGUAUGUAUCUGUCCAUUAUGAGUGAGAUUGAUUGUCAAGGAUUAAAUAUUUCAAGAUUUUUAAAUUGUACAGCUAACAUGAAUUCAUGAAAAAUAUAAACAUAAUUGUUUCAUUUCGAACACUGUAAAUUUAGAUGCAGAAGAAGUCGGAUAGUUGGCUAGUGAUUUAAAUACCAAUGCACCUACAUGUAUUGAAAUGUUGUAAAGCAACACUAGACAUGUCACCCAUAAUAAUGGGGACCCCUAGUGAUGUUGAUAGUGGCAUGAACAAACUUUUUUGAGUUUUAUUUUUUUUCUAUAUUGAUAUAAAAUGAUUUUUGUCACUUCUUUGAAAAACAAAUAUCGGAGUAAAAACAUACCUCUGAAUAAAUUUGCUACCUAUUACAGAUGUAAAUAAUGGAGACAUACCGGGUACACGUACAGUGGCCCAUUUAUUGCUACAAUUUUUUUUUU